AUGUCGGCUGCUAUCGAACGGGAGUUUGAAGAGUUAGACGCUCAGAAUCGCUGGCAGCAGCUGUACCUGGAAAUUCGCAGUGAGUCCCAUGACUAUCCUCAUAGAGUGGCCAAGUUCCUUGAAAACAGAAAUCGAAACAGAUACAGAGAUGUGAGCCCAUAUGAUCACAGUCGUGUUAAACUGCAGAAUGCUGAAAAUGAUUAUAUCAAUGCCAGCUUAGUUGACAUAGAGGAGGCACAGAGGAGCUACAUCUUAACCCAGGGUCCACUUCCUAAUACAUGUUGUCAUUUCUGGCUCAUGGUUUGGCAGCAAAAGACCAAAGCAGUUGUCAUGCUAAACCGAACUGUGGAGAAAGAAUCGGUUAAAUGUGCACAGUACUGGCCUACAAAAGAUGACCGGGAGAUGCUGUUUAAGGAAACAGGCUUCAAUGUGAAGUUCCUGUCAGAGGACGUGAAGUCCUAUUACACAGUCCAUCUGUUGCAGUUAGGAAACACCAGGACUGGUGAAACCAGAACAAUAUCUCACUUUCAUUAUACUACCUGGCCAGAUUUUGGAGUCCCUGAAUCACCAGCUUCGUUUCUCAAUUUCUUAUUCAAAGUGCGGGAAUCUGGCUCCUUGAACCCUGAGCACGGGCCUGCGGUGAUCCACUGCAGUGCCGGCAUUGGGCGGUCGGGCACCUUUUCUCUGGUGGACAGCUGCCUUGUUCUGAUAGAAAAAGGAGACAAUAUUAACAUUAAACAACUGUUACUGAAUAUGAGAAAAUACCGAAUGGGGCUGAUUCAGACUCCAGAUCAGCUCAGAUUUUCCUACAUGACGAUAAUAGAAGGAGCAAAGUUUAUAAAAGGAGACUCAAGUAUACAGAAACGUUGGAAAGAACUUUCUAAGGAAGACGUAUGUCCUGUUUUUGAUCAUUCACCAACCAAAAUAAUGACUGAAAAAUAUAAUGGGAACAGGAUAGGCCUAGAAGAGGAAAAACUGACAGGAGACAGAUACUCAAGUCUGUCCUCUAAAACACAGGAAACUCUGGAGGAGAACAGCGAGAGUGCUCUUCGCAAGCGCCUCCGGGAGGACAGGAAGGCCAGCACUGCCCAGAAGGUGCAGCAGAUGAAGCAGAGGCUGAGCGAGACUGAGCGCAAGAGGAAAAGGCCAAGAUUGACAGACACCUAA